AUGAAUGGUGAUGGCGAGAAGGAUGGAGAGGGCUCAAGCAAGCCAAAGCGGGUGCGGACAGGAUGUCUUACAUGCCGCGAACGACAUCUCAAGUGCGACGAGUCGUUACCGCAUUGCAACAACUGCAAGAAGAGCAACCGCGAAUGCAAACGAGGCAUUCGGCUAAACUUCAUUGAUAUGUGGGCCGAGCAACCGCCGCGUGUAGUGACAUUGUUUGGCACAGAUCAGUGGAGGGUGGACUUUCUGGACGAGUCACGAGACAUCGCGAGCGAGUAUCAAGGCGGUUCGCAAAUGUACCCGCCGUUGAAGCAGGAUGCACCACCGCCGCCACUACCAGUAUCACAGCAUGACCCCACGUUUCUUUACGACUUCUCGUCAGCCACACCUACCGCACCAACCAUGAUGCAACAGUCACUUCCGCCUAUUCAGGGUAUCCUCCCGGACCCUUAUAUGGAUGUGCCUCAGCAGCCGGAUAUGAGUGCUAUGUACAACCAGCAACUAAAGGUAGAUCAUGCACCGUACCCACUCAUCGCGCCUAACUCCGGCUCCACCAGCAACAGCCAGUAUGGAAGCUCUGCACAAGCGAGCGUGACCGGCCACAGCUCAGUGACAAGUUACGCCAGCGGUCAAUCAGAGCAGCCGGACAGCGAGAGGAGAGAGUACCUCGACAAUCAAGACGAGACGCUCUUCAUGCAAGUCUUUGUUGAAGAAGUCGGUUCGUGGAUGGACAGUAUGGACGCUCAGAAGCACUUUUCGAGGCUUCUACCGUUCCAUGCCCUAUCGGAGCCCAUGCUAUUGAAUGCUUUCCUUGCUUGCGGCGCGCGGCAUUUGGCUCUGGUCAAUCCAGCAUACUCCGAAGAGAAAGCGCUGCACUACUACGACACCGCCACCCGCUAUCUGCUCAAAAACCUACAGAAUCCGAACAGAGAUACUGUCAUCUGCGCCACGACAGCCGUCAUCCUCAACGUGUACGAAAUCAUGUCCGAAAAGGCGCUGCAACGUAUGAACCACAUCGCAGGAGCUCGCGCGCUAAUCAAGGAGUGCGGAUGGAACGCUCGGGCGCAGGGUAUCGGAUCUGCUUGCUUUUGGCUUAAUGUCGGCUUGGAAGUGCUGAGCUGCUUACACUUCAACUGGCAAGUUGCGUGGGAUCCGGACGAUUGGUGUCUUGACAUGGACUUCAGCCGCGAGAUCGCCAACGGUAGAGAAGAAGUCUGGACCCACCGGAUGCUGUAUAUCGUCGCAAAAGUGUGCAACUUCCGCGCGACGAUACCGCGUCACAAAGAGGCCGAUCCACGAGACCAGCAGAUUCGCACGCAGCAUCGGUUUGAGGCAUGGUCGCGGAUCAAGGCGAUGGCUGAUGCGUGGAACGAUGGCAUACCACGGACGAUGCAGCCUAUGUCUUUUCUCUAUCCACAUCAGACGAGUUCAAAGUCUGCCUUUCCAGAGGUGUGGCUUGUUAAGCGCACGACGGUUGUGGCGAGGCUGUUCUUCCAUACGGCGCAAUUGCUGCUGGCGCAGAUGCAUCCGUACUAUGCAUCAGACACCCCCGAGAUGUCGGAGGCGGGUAAGCGACACGCGAACAUGAUUUGUGGUAUCGUCGCUCAUGUCAAGGAUCGUGGUGUCGCCUCGGUAGCCAUCCGCUCUCUCGCGCACGCCGCCGAGGUGUUGACGGACCGUCGUGAGCAGGAAGAGGUCAUCACAAUAUUCGAGAAGAUCAACAAGGAGACAGGCUGGCGCAUUGGAUUCGUGUACGGCGAGCUGAUGUCGAAGUGGGGCUGGAACGAACAACCAGCGCCCCAGCAGUACGCGCAGACGCACAAGGCCGCCCGCUACCCUACUUCGCUGGACUUCAGUCACCAUGGCUCACAGCAAUCUACUCCCCUCCCGCCUGCUCCCCCGCAGAGUAUACAGCCUACACCGCACCAACAGCAGCCGCCGAAGAAGAUGCCGUCGGGUAUACCGAACCCGCUCUAUGCGAAGGCGGACUUUAGUUUGCCGCAGCAUCCAUAUAUGAAUUCCUAUGUGCCGCCGGUGAGUUUGGGCAAUCCGGACGGCGGUGGGAUGUUUUAUAACUUCUCGUGA